AUGCUGGUCCCUCCAUGGCUAGAACCACUGCUGAACACAGAUUUCUUCACCGUCUGCCGGACUCACGGUGCGGCUGCAAGGAGUGAAUGCAAUAUGUAUUGCUUAGACUGUAAUGUUGAUGCAUUUUGCUUCUACUGCCGUUCAACAAAACACAAGGAUCAUCGAGUCAUUCAGAUAAGGAGAUCUUCAUAUCAUGAUGUGGUGAGGGUUUCGGAGAUUGAAAAGGUAUUGGACAUUAGUGGAGUGCAAACAUAUGUGAUAAACAGUGCAAGGGUUUUGUUUCUGAAUGAAAGGCCUCAGCCCAAAACUGGGAAAGGAAUUUCUCACAUUUGUGAAAUCUGUAGUAGGAGCCUCUUGGAUACUUUUCGUUUCUGUUCACUGGGAUGUAAGCUUGUAGGAAUAAAGAGAAACGGGGAUGCGAACUUUACCUUAGAUGGUGGCAAGAAUGAUGCGGCAUUACGAGAAAGAGAUGAAGGGAUAUCGAGAAGAAGGGCAACGUCGUCGUCAAGUCAAGAAGAAGAAGAAGAAUUUCAUGAAGGCUUACAACAAGGAGAAAACCGGAUCCAAUCUGUUUCCAAAUCUGAUGCGAAGGAGCCGGCUCCUACUGCCAAGCCCAAGGCCGUCGCUACCAUUGCUAAGCCAACUACCAAGGCUAAACCUGUUCCUAAGGCUAAGCCACCUUCGCGACGAUCAUUUGCAUAA